AAAAUGCCUACAGAAAUUGAAAACUUAAACCCCAAUGUUUAUAGCAAAUCAAAAGAACGUGCAAUCACCAAAGAAGAAAAAGAUGAAAGCAUAGUUGAUCCCUUUGACAAGAGGGAAAUAUUUGAUUUAAUACGCAAUAUUAAUGAUCCGGAGCAUCCCCUUACAUUGGAGGAGCUACAUGUUGUCCAGGAAGAUUUGAUCAAAGUUGACGACAAAGGCAACACGAUUUUUGUAAACUUCACCCCGACAAUACCACACUGUUCCAUGGCUACAUUAAUUGGACUAUCGAUAAGGGUAAAGCUAUUGCGUUCAUUACCACCCCGCUUCAAGGUAACUGUUGAAAUUACACCUGGAACUCAUUCGUCGGAGAAUGCUGUUAACAAACAAUUGGCCGACAAGGAGCGAGUGGCAGCUGCUCUUGAAAACAAACAUCUGGCGGAGGUUAUCAAUCAAUGUAUAGCCGCAAAAGAGGCUCUAGGAGCAUAG